AUAUCCCAAACGAAUUUGCUUUACAUGUCUAUUCAAGACUCUAUAGUGCUGGCCAAAAAUAUGGCAUACAACAUGCGGGUUAUUAUGCCACACGCACUUUGCGGAUUGAAAAAUUCUAUGCAUUUUGGGGUCAGGACCUGGAUACAUUCACAACACCAUUGGAAUGUGGUCGCAGUUGGCGUGUUAAGUUUAAUAAACCCAUCAACUUUAUUGGAAGAGAAGCUUUAUUAAAACAACGCGAGGAAGGAGUUAAGCGUAUGUACGUGCAAUUAUUAUUGAAUGAUCAUGAUCAUGAAGUUGAUCUCUGGUGUUGGGGUGGUGAACCUAUUUAUCGCGAUGGUAAAUAUUGUGGAAUGACUACAACUACCGGUUAUGGCUUCACCUUUGCGAAACAAGUUUGUCUUGGAUUCGUCCGGAACUUUGAUGAAGCUGGUAAUGAACUUCCUGUGACCAAUGACUAUGUGCUUUCUGGUCACUAUGAAGUUGAAGUUGCCGGCAUACGUUUCGAAGCUAAAGUCAAUUUGCAUUCACCAAAUGUACCAACCAAAUUUCCUGAUCGAGAACGUGCAGCAUAUCAUGCAACACGUGAUAAACCUGAUCAGGCGGAUCUAUUAACUUAUGAGACAAAGUUUUAAAAGCAUUUAUUUAUUUAUAUUUAAAAAAAUGUAAAAGAUAUUAAAAACAUAACAGGUCGA